AUGGGCCGUGUGACCGCAGGCACGUUCCACAGGUGCGCUGGACCUCAUCUCUGUGCUGUUACAUGCUACGCCCGCUCACGGCACGUCAUGGGACAUAUGAGGUUGCUCCGCAUCACGGUCCUCUCCGACAGCUGCAGCUCUUAUUUUAGAGCCUGGAAUACAUCGUGCCAGGCAUUACUGGAAAGGUGCGCUCUCCCUCGGGAUGGGGAUCUGAGUCUUACCGUCUGCGUCUGGGUGAAACGCCGCUCAUAUGAGCCCGCCGCGGCAAGAAAAAAGAAAUCAAAAUACUCAGCAACUCGCAGACUCCUGCUGAAGUCCAAGUUGCUAAAAAAGGCAGAGAGCUUGCUGAUAAAGGAGAUAGAACAGAAGAAAAAGGAGAGAGAGGACACACUGAGAGAGAGAGUGCCCCCCCUCAAAGUCUCUGGGCUCUCCGUGCAGGAGCUGCAGGCGCUUUGCAAAGAUUUGCACCAAAAGAUUGACAUAGUGGAUGAAGCACGUUAUGACCUUACAGUAAAAGUGGCCCGCAAUGACAUGGAGAUUCAGUCUUUGACUCAGAAAAUUUAUGAGCUGAAGGGAAAAAUGAAGAGACCCAAUCUGAAGAGGGUAAAGAAAUCUGCCGACGCCACUCUGGGGGCCCUGACUGAUGCCAAACUAAUGAGGGCUGACUUUAAAGCCAACCUCAAGACUGUGAAGAAAGAGGACGACAAGAAAGAGGAGGUGACAGAUUGGAGGAAGAAUGUGGAGGCUAUGUCUGGAAUGGAGGGACGAAAGAAACUGUUUGAUGCUGGUGGACAGUAA